GAUGCCAAGGGUGAGUGAGUCAGAAGCACAUGAGUAGAAGCGGUUGAACUCCAGAGACCAGAUCAAGCAAUGCUGCUUAAUACCAUCACAUGAUCCACCCUGAGGCUCAGUAUUUAAUUAAAAUGAAGAGUGGAGCACAGCAAAAACCAGAAGAACACUGUUGUUCUUAGUGGAUGAAGCCAGAGGAGUUACAAGUUAAACCUUGAUUGCCUAGGUCUGUGAGAAUUCAGCAUGGAAUGUCUCUACUGUUUCCUGGGAUUUCUGCUUCUGGCUGCAAGAUUGCCAAUGGAUGCUGCCAAACGUUUUCAUGAUGUGCUGAGCAAUGAAAGACCUUCUGGUUAUAUGCGGGGGCACAACCAGUUAAAUGGAUGGUCAUCAGAUGAAAAUGACUGGAAUGAAAAACUCUAUCCAGUGUGGAAGAGGGGAGACUCGAGGUGGAAAAGCUCUUGGAAAGGAGGCCGUGUGCAGGCGGUUCUGACCAGUGAUUCCCCAGCACUGGUGGGCUCAACCAUAACAUUCGCAGUGAACCUGGUAUUCCCCAGAUGCCAAAAGGAAGAUGCCAGUGGCAACAUAGUUUAUGAGAAGAACUGCAGAAAUGACACUGGUGCAUCUCCUGACCCGUAUGUUUACAACUGGACAGCGUGGACAGAGGACAGCGACUGGGGAAACGACACGAGCGAAGGCCACCACAACGUGUUCCCUGAUGGGAAGCCUUUCCCUCGCCCCUGGAGAAAGAACUUUGUCUACGUGUUCCACACGCUUGGUCAAUAUUUCCAGAAGUUGGGACGGUGUUCAGUGACAGUUUCCAUCAACACAGCCAAUGUGAGUCUUGGCCCUCAAAUCAUGGAAGUAACUGUCUAUAGAAGACACCGAUGGGCAUAUGUUCCCAUCGCAAAAGUGAAAGAUGUGUAUGUAGUAACAGAUCAGAUUCCUGUAUUUGUAACUAUGUCCCAGAAGAACAAUCGAAAUUCAUCUGAUGAAACCUUCCUCAGGGACCUCCCCAUUACGUUCAAUGUCCUGAUUCACGAUCCCAGUCGCUUUCUCAAUGAGUCUGCCAUUUACUACAAGUGGAACUUCGGGGAUAAUACUGGUCUGUUCGUUUCCAACAAUCACACUUUGAAUCACACCUAUGUGCUCAAUGGAACCUUCAGCCUCAACCUCACUGUGCAAGCUGAAGUGCCUGGACCUUGUCCUUUGCCUUCACCCAGACCUCCAAAAACCACCCCUUCUUUGGUAACUGCUGGUGACAAUACCCUGGAGCUGAGGGAGAUUCCUGAUGAAAGCUGCCAUAUUACCAGAUAUGGCUACUUUAAAGCCACCAUCACAAUUGUAGAGGGCAUUCUAGAGGUUAACAUCAUCCAAGUGACAGACGUCCUGAUGCCUGGGCCACAGCCUGACGACUCCCUGGUGGAUUUCGUUGUGACCUGCCAAGGGAGCAUCCCUACAGAGGUCUGCACUGUCAUCUCUGACCCCAGCUGCCAGAUCACCCAGAACCCAGUCUGCGACCCUGUGCCCAUGGAGCUGGGAGACGCGUGCUUGCUGACGGUGAGGAGAGCCUUCAGUGGGUCUGGGACAUACUGUAUGAACCUCACUCUGGGUGAUGAUGCAAGUCUGGCCCUCACGAGCACCCUCGUCUCUAUCACCAGCAGAGACCCAGCUUCCCUUUUAAGAAUGGCAAAUGGUAUCCUGGUCUCCCUUGGCUGCUUGGCCGUACUCGUCACUGUGAUCGCCUUUUUGAUGUACAAAAAACACAAGAAAUACAAACCAAUAGAAAACAGCCCUGGGAUCGUGAUCAGAGGCAAAGGCCUGAAUGUUUUCCUCAGUCAUGCAAAGACCCUGUUCUUCCCCGGAAACCAGGAAAAAGAUCCACUGCUCAAGAACCAACCAGGAAUUCUUUGAAUCUUCAGCCUUACUUCUGACCAACAGCUCAUCCUCAGCACCAUUUAUGUCAGCUUGCUGGAGUGGAUGAUGAUAACUUUCUAAAAAGAUUAAUGUAAAAUAUAGAUUGUGUGAGGGAGUUCCAAUUUUUUAAAAUUUGUAUAGGUUAAAUGACAUUUUAGGGACAUGGCUGAGGUUGCAUGUAGUUUAAUUCUUUUCCAUGUUAUAUAGCUGAUAAAGCCAAUUAAUAGAGCUUCCUUUCAUGAUGAUUUAUGUUUCACUUGCAAUGUCUUAGGUAAUCACUAGGAUAGAUACGCUAUAUUCAGAGUAGCAGGAGAAGGUACUAUUCAUUAGAGUCUGACCUAAGUUAACUGGAAAGAGAGGCUGGACAUGUUCUAGCUUUCCAUAUAACCAUAUACAUAAAACCAGUGAAUUCCUGUUCUGAAGGUCAUGGUCCAAGCUCCCUGAAUCCUGUGUCAAUGAACAUGCAUGAGCUCCCAACAGAACACUAACAGGUCAGCUUUUAGUAAGCUGUGCAUGCUUGCUAUACUGAAAAAAAAAAAAAAGACUAGGCUAAUAAAUGUAUGAAUAUUAUCAUGACUGCCUGCCCAGUCCAAAUGUGUAAAGGAUCAGUACUCGUUUAUUCAUUUUUCCCGUGGACAUUUAUGUGGCACUUUCUGUAUACCAGGUGUGUUGCCAGGCACAUGGCCUCAUCCUCGUGUUGACAAUCUUGUGGACACACCUGAAUUUCUGUAGACUCUGGCACUCAUAGUUGACAUGAUGUGUUAUGAUUUCCCAAAGAAGGAAGUCUUUCUGGUUUCCCUACCCAUUUCUCUAUUCCAAUGAGAAACGUGAUCAGUAAGGAUUUUACUUUCAUUUGUAACUGAAACUACCCUGUGUCAGUCAUGACAUUCCUUUUUCUUUCCUGAAAAAUAAAGUAUGAGAAGAGACCAGA